CCUUGAUGUAUGCUCCAAUGUUCCACAACAUUGUCUCAAAGUGCUCAGAUAAGUUAAAAUUUCAAGUUUAGAUAAUAAAUAAUUAUCUCAAACACCUGUUUGAAACGUUUAAUCCAAAUUUCCAGUCGUGACCAUGGAGCCCUUACUCAACUUUUGUUAUUACAUAACCCUUUUUUUAAUACCGAUCUCACUUUAUGUUCUUCUAUUUCAACAUCGAACAAAAAAUCGUUUCUACACAAAUCGAGAUUGGUUCUAUGUGAUUAAAUUUCUAAUCGCAAAACCGGCCGUCAAAAAACACCAAAAUAAAUCCAAACCAAAAUUAUACACUGAGUGUCCCAAAGAAAUUCGGAGCGAAAAUUUCUGUGAUUGUUAUUUUAUAUACGGGGCAGACCAAAAAGGAAAUAGUUUAUCGUUACGUUUCAUAAUCGAACCAGGUUUAGUAGGCGAGGUUUUUCUUUGUUUACGACUUGCAACAGGUGCCACCUAUACAUUCCCAGGUGAAAAAAAAACAAAAUUCUAUAGUCUAUCUGACUGGCAUUGGAAAACAAAAGACUUACAAUUGGAAAUUUUGGAACCAUUUAAACGUCACCGAGUGACAUUUAACGGUUUGUUGAGCAACGCCUCCCAUGACAUCGAACAUGUCAGAUUUAAUUUCACUUGGAUUGCAGCUAAUGCUCCCAGUUUCCAUCCCCAAAACGCCACCACUGACUUACUCACCGAUGCUUUGGCACGACACCCGUGGCGUGACGGUGAUUGGUUAUCUCUAUUAGGGGAUGAACACGGGUAUGAACAAUUCGGGGGUUUACAUGGAUUUGUCAGAGGCGACUCGUUCAAAAACGACUUUCUCGUAAAUCUACCAUCAUGUCGGUCCAGAUUUUGGGGCACAAUGGCCCUAACGAAAAGCCUUCAUUUGUUUAUAGCCGGUCAUGAUGGUACCUUGAUUAGUGUUUGGGUAAAAUCACUAAAGCAGGGUUGCCACGAGCUACAGUAUGGCAACGUCGCAUUGAAUAAUGGCACCAUUCAACCAAUCACAGCAAGCGAUAUUAAAUUUGAUUGUUUGGGGCAAAAUAGUGGACAUACUUUUCUUACACAUAUUUACACUUUGAAAAAAUGCUACAGAAUUGUCUUUCAUACUAACACGAUUAAGACAAUCAAAGAUGGCCAUGACCUGUCAAAUGUUCCCGCCGACUGUGAUUUAAAUACCCAACAAGGUAAAUCAUUGGUUGAAUUGUGGCAAGGCGGGAAAAACAUAACACGUGACCAACCACUGUUGCCACUUUUAAUCGAAAACAAAAGUAAAACGUUACCUGAUUAUUACGUAACGUCACUUGAUGACGAAAUAUCAAAAAUGGUAAAUUUGACAGGUGGUAAAGGUUGUUCAUUGGCGAUGCUCACAUGUUUGAAAUCAAAUGACUUUAUUGUUCCAAAUGGAUUUGUUAUAACAGUAAAUGCGUUCAAUAAACAAUUAGAAAUGAAUUUUAAUAUGAAAAAGGCGGUGUCUAUUCUUGAUGAUAUAUGUUGUGGGCGGAGCCUCGGCGAUUUUAAGCAUGCUUGUACCGAAACAGUUAAAACUUUCGAACGUGAAAAAAUAAUCCCCGAAGUUGCCUCGGCUAUUUUGGAGGCUAUCCACGCCCUCAAGACACGCCCCUCUGACUGUUUUGCUGUCCGUUCGUCGGCGAUUGGCGAAGAUUCCGAGGAUUUAUCGGCAGCAGGUCAAAACUCCACCUUUUUGGGAUGCUCCACCCCCAAGGAUAUCCUCCAAUCAGUCUCCGCCUGUUGGGCGUCACAAUACACCCAUCAAAGUGUGCGCUACCGUCACAAACAUGGCGUCCCCAUCCAAUCAAAAAUGGCCGUCGUUGUACAAAAAAUGGUACAGGCUGAUUGUGCCGGUGUGUUAUUCACGUGUCAUCCCUCGACUGGAAACCCCGCCCAUAUUGUAAUAACAGCCAAUCAUGGCUUAGGCGAAAGCGUGGUUUCAGGGCGGAGCGAACCUGAUACAAUUAUACUUGAACGCACCUUCGAUAAUGACGUCACUAUUAAAUCGAAAAGUUUAGGUUUGAAGAAGAAAAUUGUUAAGAUGGCGGAUGAUGGGAGCGUGGUUGAAUGUGACGGUUUGGAGGGUUUUAGCAUCACGGAUAAUCAAGCAUUGGUUUUGGGCCGAGUAGGCGUGGCAUUAGAAGAACAAAUGGGCGGGGCAAGAGACAUCGAGUGGGCGUUUUGUCAAGGGAGGUUGUACUUGCUUCAAGCUCGGCCAAUCACAACGCUGAAUUCGUGGACCGAUUAUGAUUUGUUACAUGAAUUCGACGUUGCAACAUUGAGCGAUGAUGUUGUUUACACUGUUGCCAAUACUGGUGAGAUUCUACCAGGGGCAAUUUCUACGUUAACUUUAUCAACAAUUGUCAAGACGAUUGAUAAGAGUAUUCAAAUAUCGGUUGAAGGUCACAGUAAUGAUUACGCUCUCAAAUGUUUAGGGACGUUUCAAGGCCAUCUUUUCGUUGAUGUUAUCACAGGAAUACAUCGACGUGUCAAAAAAGAAAUUGAUUUAUUGUUAAAAAUUGUCGAUUUGGCUAUUUUUGGACACCCAAUUAUCAACGAAAAAAUUCAUUAUUUAUCAUUGAAUCGCUUUGGGUCUAUUGGGACUUUAGACCAAUUCAAACAAUUGUUUACUAUGAUCAAGUUGGCUUGGUGUAAUGAAAAACACGCAAAAAUGAGCAAAACAAUUAAUGAAACGUAUCAAAUAGGCAUUGAUACGACACGUGACACUCUUAAUGACAUUUACGUCAAAAUUGACAAGUCAUUAGAUAAAAUGGCGGAAGUUUUGCUCCUCCAUUGUUACACAACACGAACAUCAGUCAGUUUUCAAAUAUUUGCAAUGACAGUUCUUGCAGAAAAUGCCCAAGAUUUCACCAUUGAUCAUUAUAACGAUAUUGCUAUGUUGUUGGCGUCAUGUGACGAAGUCAUUUCUGCGGAAAUCCCCAACAUGCUUGCCAAUAUAACUAAAAUUUUGAGUAAAAAUCACCAAAGUGCGAAAUUUGCUGAAAUUGAUCCAAAUUUAGGCCGAAAAUGGCUGAAAGACAAUUCCCCCGAGGCUAGUAAAAUUUUCGAACGGUUUUUAAACACCCAUGGACAUCGAGCAAUGCGAGAGUUUGACGUUUUUAAUGAUACUUGGGGUACGAAUCCAGUUCAAGUUAUCAAAAUAAUACAAACAAAUUGUCGAAGUAAAGGACCGAAACAGGAAAAGACGGUUAAACCGAUUGAUGACGUCAUUGGCGGUUUGGUUUCACCGACAAAAGCUUCAACUAGAAAAGUUCUAAAGUUUUUAAUGACGAAAAGUCGACGCGCUGUUGGACUUCGAGAACAAACAAAAUCAGAAAGUAUUAGAUUUGUGGAUAAACUACGACAGGGUUAUAGGGUUUUGGGGCAAAAAAUGGCCCUUCAAGGAUUAAUACCAGAGGCGGACUUGAUUUUCCAUUUGUCACACUACGAAAUUGGGCAAAUUAUUAAUAAUGACCAAAAUCCGGCCUUGAUAACCAAGGCACUCAGACGCCAGAAAUUGUACCCGAAAUGGGACCAAUUGAAAUUCCCUGAAAUUUCCUAUGGGAUUCCCGUUCCUGAAACUCAAGAUUUGAUUCCUCGAACCGGUUUGGGGUUUAAAUGUGAAGGAACUCCAGUUUGUUUCGGUGUUAUUCAAGCAAGGGCGUGUGUUAUAACCGAUUUGAGCGAAAUUGACCAAUUACAUGAAGGGGACGUUCUUAUUACGUAUUGUACGGAUAUUGGUUGGUCACCGUAUUUCCCCAUGUUGGGAGGAAUCGUCACCGAAUUAGGGGGUUUGGUUUCACAUGGAGCUGUUAUAGCACGAGAGUAUGGCCUACCCUGUAUCGUGGGGGCUAAAGGGGCAACUAAAAUGUUUAAAACGGGAGACUUGGUUGUGCUUUCGGGAGAAAAGGGAACAGUUGAAUUGUGUUGUAAAUAAAUACAGGAACCUGUAAUUAAACUCA